GAACAUGUAUAAAAACCGAAACAAUCGAUGGCUAACCAAGUCAGUCAAGUUCAAGACGAACUAGAAACAUGGUCAAGAUUAGCUGUUCGCUGGUGGUGCUCCUGUCGCUUUGCGCCUGCUCUUAUGCUCAGUAUGCGUAUCCACAGCAGCGUCCUUCGCCGGGAACUGGAGCUCAGCCCACUGGUGGACCGGUGGAUAAUCGAAUCUUAGGAAAUCUACUUGGCGGAGGUGGACUCCUUGGAGGAGGCGGCGGCGGAGGUGGCGGCCUCUUUGGCAACCUGUUGGGCGGACUUUUGGGCGGCAAUCGUCCCCAGCCACAGCCCUAUCCCGUUCCAGUUCCCGCCUAUGGUGGAGGAUUCGGAGGUGGAUAUGGUGGUGGAUUCCCAAUCGGAGGAGGCGGCUACACGGGUGGACUUCCUGGUGGCUUUCCUGGCGGCUUUGGUGGCGGCUACGGCAACCCCUACGGCGCAUAUUAUGGAUAAGACCAUAAGUUGUUAAACUCUCCCAAGUAUUAUUUGCAAAUGUUUUCGAGAUUAGAUUAUUUAAGUUGUUGACAUUAACUAUUAAAUUAAAUUAAAUUCAUGAACAAAAA